GAAGAAGAAGACGCAGGAGGAAAGACCCCUCCUUCCUCUCUUUCUCAGGUAAGCCUCUCUCCUUUUUUCCUCUGCUAAACCCUAAUCAUGAUUCCUUACAGAAUUCCGAAGCUUUCUUCUCUGAAGCUCAAUCCCUUCUCUUCAAUUUCUCUCCAUAAUACUCCACUGGAAUCUCCUAAUUCAUCCACAAACGCCGCUUCCCCUCUAACCCCUCAUUUUCUCGAACAAUCAGCCCGGUCGUCUCAGUGGCACUUCAUCAAACAGGUAGAGUCCACUCUUACUCCCUCUCUUAUCUCCCAAACCCUUCUAAAUCUCCACCAAUCUCCACAGAUUGUUCUCGAUUUCUUAAACCAUUUACACCAUAAACUACCUGAUGCCCACACUCUUUGCCUUGCCAUUGUCAUUGUUGCUCGUCUUCCAUCUCCCAAACCCGCUUUACACCUUCUCAAACAGGCUCUUGGGGGUGGCACUACGAAUUCAAUUAGGGAGAUUUUUGAAUUGCUAGCUGCUUCUCGUGAUCGUUUGGGUUUCAAAAGUAGCAUUGUUUUUGAUCACUUGAUUAAGUCUUGUUGUGACAUGAAUAGGGCAGAUGAGGCUCUGGAGUGUUUUUACACUAUGAAGGAAAAGGGUAUUUUACCUAAAAUUGAGACUUGCAAUAAUUUGCUGAGUUUGUUUCUGAAGUUGAAUAGAACUGAGGCAGCUUGGGUUUUGUAUGCGGAGAUGUUUAGAUUGAGAAUUAAAUCUAGUGUUUAUACGUUUAACAUUAUGAUUAAUGUUCUAUGCAAAGAGGGGAAGUUGAAGAAGGCUAAGGAUUUCAUUGGGCAUAUGGAGACUUUAGGGGUUAAACCGAAUGUCGUUACUUAUAAUACGAUUGUUCAUGGAUAUUGUUUGAGAGGAAGAGUUGAAGGGGCUGCUGCUAUUUUGACUACUAUGAAGAGGCAAAAGAUUGACCCUGAUUCUUUCACAUAUGGAUCUCUUAUCUGUGGGAUGUGCAAGCAAGGAAGACUUGAAGAAGCUUCAAAGAUUUUUGAAGAAAUGGUUCAAAAGGGGUUGCAGCCUAAUGCUGUAAUUUAUAAUACUUUAAUUGAUGGAUUUUGUAAUAAGGGUAAUUUGGAUAUGGCCUCUGCUUACAAGGAUGAGAUGUUGAAGAAGGGCAUAAAUCCAACCGUGUCAACUUAUAACUCGUUGAUUCAUGCAUUGUUUAUGGAGCAAAGAAUAGAUGAAGCUGAAGGUAUGAUCGAAGAAAUUCAGGAGAAAGGGAUAUCUCCUGAUGCUAUUACAUAUAAUAUCUUGAUAAAUGGGUAUUGUAGAUGUGCAAAUGCAAAGAAAGCAUUUCGUCUACAUAAUGAAAUGUUGGCGAGUGGUAUUAAGCCGACAAAAGUGACGUACACAUCACUUAUUCAUGUUUUGAGCAAAAAGAACAGAAUGAAGGAGGCGGAUGAUUUGUUUAAGAAGAUCACAAGUGAAGGUGUGUUGCCCGAUCUCAUUAUGUUUAAUGCUUUGAUUGAUGGUCAUUGUUCUAACAGUGAUGUCAAGCGUGCAUUUGAGCUUCUGAAAGAUAUGGAUAGGAUGAAGGUUCCACCCGAUGAAGUAACUUUCAAUACCAUAAUGCAAGGCCAUUGCAGGGAAGGGAAAGUUGAAGAAGCCCGUCAACUUUUUGACGAGAUGAAGAGAAGAGGGAUUAAGCCCGACCAUAUUAGUUUCAAUACACUGAUAAGUGGUUAUAGUAGACGAGGAGACAUAAAGGAUGCUUUCAGAGUACAGAAUGAGAUGCUCAAUACAGGAUUCAAUCCGACUGUUCUAACUUAUAAUGCCCUUAUACAAGGGCUAUGCAAAAACCAAGAAGGUGAUCGUGCUGAAGAGCUUCUUAAAGAAAUGGUAAGUAAUGGAAUUAAACCUGAUGAUACCACUUAUUUCACAUUGAUUGAAGGUAUUUCAAAAGUUAACAUUCCAGUUGAAAACGAGUACACAUAAAAGAGUAUCGUCUUUUUGGUAGAACUGUACCCAAGAGCAGUGAUCUUCAUUUAAAACUUGGCAAAAGAGCUGCCCUCAUAUAUUGAAGUUUCUGCUCAAACCAUCUUUGACAAGAAGAAAUUCCAAUAUGUUUCACAUACCAUUGUCCCAUCAACAAGUUGGUGAACAAGGGCAAGUUUCUCAAAACCUUUUACGGAUUCUGAAUCGCAAUUAGAUACGACGUUCAAAUGCCAAAACCUUAAGUUACAAUCGGUAGAAUAAUCAGUUGUUCUUCCCUUCAACAGAAUCCAAAAAACAAAACUCUCUCUAAUCUCUUUCCCAUCAAUGGUGCUUUCUUCCCCUUGGUUGGCAAAGUUACAUAUCAUGGACCAGUAUAUUUCGUGCCCGACUUUGCUCGAGCGAGCAGGACGUCUCGUCUUUUGUCUUCAUUUUAUCAUUGAUCUAAUCAUAACAAUAAAGGAAGGCACAAGAGAUAAGAUUACGAUAGACUUUUAUUACAGAUUAGAGAUGGAUAUUCAAAAGUGGGUCAAGGAGGGUCGAAAAGUUUUAUUCUAGGUGAUUCUUUCACAGUUUUUCUGUUAUUUUGAAAACAAGCUUCCCUCCACUUAGCAUUUGCUUUUAAUCUUUACUUUCUUUUUAUAGUGCACUUAGAGGAUAGAGCCAAUGAGAAUCUUGGAAGGCAAGCACUAUUUUUUUUUUUUUUUUUUUUUUUUUGUCAUUUUCAUAACCAUUGGCUUUAUGUAAUGUAUAAAACACAAUUUGCUUCA